AUGUCUACCGCUAUGCCUACACCAAGAAUGAAUGAGAAGGUCAUGGAAGACUGGGCCGAGCGUCGAGAGCUACACAGUGUGAGCGACAGCGUGGAGGGACUCGAAGGCGUGACGGUGUGCACGAGUCUCAAUCACCUGCGCGGCUUCUGGACUGUGGAUCAGGAGGUGCGCAUUGCGAAGUCCUGCAGUGAUGACGCCCGCCAGACCGCCAGGUCGGCGGCAUUGUUUGCAGGAAUUCCCGUGGUUGAGUUGACGUCGACGCCGAUUCGAAACCCGGAGCCCUACCAAGGCCACCUCCCGCGGUUUGGAUGGGAAAGUGAGCUCUACGAAAUCGACGACUUUUGUCAGCUCAUCGCCGAUCGCAUCACUUCGCGGCGUACUAUCAAGAAUGCACUCGAAGGAUCUACGGGUAAAUCUGAUGUCGACUUCAGCUCCGCUAUCUCACUGCUGAAUACCGCUUGCGAUUCUGUCAAGAAGUUCCACGACUCGCUCUUCCCCAAGAUCACACUCAAUGUGCAGCAAGGCAUCUCCGGUCUUACAGCGCUGGAGUCGACCUACGCUGAGAACGAGUACAAGAAGGAGAGGCUCGAUGCGUUCAUCAAGCUGGCGGAGGCUUUCGGCAAGUUCGUGGGAUUGGCGAAGUCAGCCGUUGACAUUCAGAUUGAGGGCGAUGCAGGGGGGAAGGAGCUCGCCAAUGCAGACAUCGCACGCACAGCGGCGAUGGAGGCAGUGCUUGCGGCAGAUGAGGAGGCUUACAAAUUGCAGAUUUGGCCUGAUGAUAGAGAGGCCCCAGACACCGUCGAAGAGGUCACUGUGCUUCUGGACUCUCUUGUGGCGUCUUUUGAUGAGGGAGCAACGCAAGACGAGGUCGCCAAGGUCACCGAGCUUCUAAAGUCUCUGUGA